CGUCAAUGUCACAUUUGAAACAAAACUGUUUUGCAAGAUUGUUGUUUUUAAAUUUAAUUUAAUUAAAUUUAGAAAAACUAAGCCUGUAAACAAUUAACAACUCAGUAAAGGCGUGGAAAUGAAAGUAUCAGUGCCGAGAUACUCAACAUGUCUUGUGUUUCAAAUGCUAUUUAUGUGUUGCGAUUUAUUAUUCAACUGUUGGAGUCUGUUCCCGAAGAGUCGAGGGGGAUUGCUUCUUUUGUUCUUCUUUCAGGACCUUUGUCUCGUCCUGGCUAUAACAUCCAUACUUUUCUCCUUCUUCUCAACAUAUUUAUUUCAAGCUGGUUUAAUCGAAGUCCUGAUCCGCAAGUUCCGCGUGGCUGGGGCGGUGACGCUUGCAUACUUUCUGGUGUCUAUCGCACUGCAGUCCGCCUGGAUCAUUGAGAAGUGGGAGGAGUCGGAGUCCAUCUCUAAGCCGCUCGUUAUGGUGCUGUUCACACUACAGCGUUGCAUGGCCCCUGGGUACUACUUCUUCUACAAGCGCGCGUCGCUGCUGGUGAGCGACCCGCGCUUCUACGAAGACAUUGACUGGAUCAACCAGAACAUCGCCGCGCACUAAGCGCUGCAACUUCACAGCAUACUCGCUUGCUAGCUGUCUAGGGAUAGGGUUGCCACCCAUUGAGGUUUUUCACUGAAAGAUGGGUGGUUCUGUUGCCAAUUCUUGUUCUCGUUUUUGUUAAAAGGUUUGGUGAAUUUGUGAAAUGGAGCUUUAAGCUUUGCGGAUUAGUUGUAUUUCGGUGCUGUGCUGUGUAUUAUGCGGAGUAAUUGUUAAUUAAAAUGAAUGGAUUCUAUUUAAAGAAGAUGAAAUUAAAAUGAUUGCACAAAUUUGUGCAGUUUUGACAUCCCUGUAGGGCUGACAUUUUCAGCAUGUAUCGUCAAGAAAAGGAAAAUUACUUGUAAAAUUAUUUUUUCCAUUAAGAUAAUUAUUUACUUUCAAACAUACCUCGAGAGGUUUUAUGCAUUCCAUUAAGAAAAAAAAGCAAGUGAACUAUACAGAAAAUAAUCAAGAAAGUACAUAAUAAUGUUUAUUCUGGCGUAUCAAUGGCAACCCUACUCAGGACAAGAGAAUUUUGUAUAGAAGCAUAUUAUGCAGCUUUUAAAAGCCUAUUUUCACCUCUCAAUAGCUUAAAAGGUUAUUUUGAUGCUUAAUUUCACCUAAGUUUCUGCACGAGAAAAUUUCUUUCACACAAUGUUUUGUCUUUGUCCGAUGGCAGGAGUUCAGUAUUUGUUUUGUAUGGAUAUUUAGCGAUAAUAAUUAAGACCCGCAGCGAAGGAGUCAAAUUAUACAUAGGCGACAAAAAAAAUGACAAUUAAA